AUGUCAAAAAGUAUAUUUAUAUCUACUCUUGUUAAUGGUGAAAAAAUUAACCGAACAUUUUUGAUUUACUCAGAAAGUAAAGGAUCAAUAUUUUGUGCUCCCUGCUAUUUAUUUGGUGGCACUACAUCGUUUGCCACAGUUGGUUUUUCAGAUUGGAAAAAAGGAGAAGAAAAAAUCAAGCGUCAUGAAAGUUCACAACACCACAAAUUGUGUGUAAUGAAUAUGAAAGAAAGAAAAGAAGUAUUAAAUCGAGUUGAUCAAAAGCUAAAGUAUCAAGUAGAAACAGAAAUAAAUUAUUGGAAAAAUGUAUUGACAAGAGUUGUAGCUGUUGUGAAAUCCCUUUCUUCUCGUGGAAUGUCUUUUAGAGGUGAUGAUGACCGUUUUGGAUCUGUUCAUAAUGGGAACUUUAUGAUGAGCUUAGAGCUUAUUGCUCAGUUUGAUCCUUUUUUAGCACAACACAUUGAGAAGUUUGGAAAUAAAGGAAAAGGUUCAACAUCAUACCUAUCAUUUAAUAUAUAUGAGCAGUUCAUAAGUAUAAUGGCAGAUAAUGUUAUUCAACAAAUGGUGAAAGAAAUAAAGGAAGCUAAAUACUUUUCCAUCAGUAUUGAUUCUACUCCUGACAUUAGCCAUGUAGAUCAACUGUCAUUCGUUUUUCGGUAUGUUCAAAAGAAUGGCUGUCCGGUAGAAAGAUUUUUAGGGUUUUUACCUAAUUCUGGUCAUAAAUCUGAAGAAUUAGCAGAUGCUGUAUUUUUAGUUUUAGAAUCGCAUGGAUUAGAUAUUAAUAAUUGUCGUGGUCAAAGUUACGACAAUGCGUCUAAUAUGUCUGGUAGAUACACAGGACUUCAAGCUCGCAUUAAAAAAGUUAAUCCUUUAGCAACAUUUGUACCAUGCUCGGCACACUCUUUAAAUCUUGUUGAUGAUAAAACAGAAAAAUCUAUUACAAGAUCAGAAACUAACGGGCUAUAUUUAAAACUGGAUAGUCUUGAAACAGCUAUAAUGGCCACAUUAUGGGGCGAUAUACUAGAGAGAUUCAACAAAACUAGCAAACAAUUGCAGUCAGUUGAGAUUGGUUUAGAAACAGUUGUAAGUUUAUACGAAUCUUUAAUUUGA